AUGGUCAAGCUAGGCAAAAACUCGAAGCGGACGCCCGUCCGGUUACGGCACAAGAUCGAGAAGGCCUCUGCAGCCAAGCAACGGAAGCAGAGAAAGCUUGCCAAGAAGAAUCCCGAAUGGCGCUCAAAGAUCAAGAAGGAUCCGGGUAUUCCUAAUUUGUUCCCACACAAGGCUCAGCUUCUCCAUGAGAUGGAGGAGAGGAAGCGAUUGAAGGCCGAGGAACAGGAGCGCAUCCGUGAUGAGGCGCGCGCUCGCAAGAAGGCACAGAAGGAGUCGCAACAGCAAGGAGACGACGCCGAGGACGUGAUGGAAAAUGAUAUUGAUCUGGAGGGUGACUCCGACGAUGAAGAUAUGGAUGAGGAUGUUGAUGAAUCGUCGAACCCCAUGGCUGCGCUACUUGCCUCUGCGCGCGCGAGAGCGGCAGAGUAUGAAGAUCAACAUGAGAGCGAUGAUGACGAUGAGAUGGACGAGGAUGAGGAUGAGGAUAUGGACGGCAUGGAUGAGGAUGAGGAAGAGGGCGGUGCUGCGCUGGGCGAUUCCGCUCCCCAGCUUGUUUCACAGACUCACAGCAAGGAGAGCUCUCGGCGACAAUUCGAUAAGGUGUUCAAGCAGGUUGUUGACGCUGCGGAUGUUGUGCUGUAUGUGCUUGAUGCUCGCGAUCCGGAGGGCACCCGGUCCAAGGAUGUGGAGCGUGAGAUUAUGGCGGCGGCUGGUGGAAACAAGAGAAUGAUCCUCAUCCUCAACAAGAUCGAUCUUAUCCCUCCGCCGGUGCUGAAGAACUGGCUGGUCCACUUGCGCCGAUACUUCCCCACCCUGCCCUUGAAGGCUUCUAAUGGCACCGCCAACGCUCACAGCUUCGACCACAAGCAGUUGACCGUCAAGGGUACAUCAGAGACGCUUUUCAAGGCUCUCAAGUCCUACGCGCACAGCAAGAACCUGAAGCGGUCCAUCUCCGUCGGUGUGAUCGGUUACCCCAACGUCGGAAAGUCCUCUGUCAUCAAUGCCCUCACUGCCCGUCUCAACAAGGGCUCCAGCAACGCAUGCCCCACCGGUGCCGAGGCCGGUGUCACCACUAACCUGCGGGAGGUGAAGCUGGACAACAAGCUUAAGCUGAUCGACUCCCCCGGUAUCGUGUUCCCUAAUGCUGAGAAGAAGAAGUCCAAGAAGAAGCAGGUGGAGGAGCGUGCGCGCCUCGUCCUCCUGAACGCCAUCCCCCCGAAACAGAUCGAGGACCCGGUCCCGGCCGUGUCCCUGCUCCUCAAGCGUCUGUCCACUUCCGAGGACCUCAAGUCGAAGCUGUUGCAACUAUAUGGCAUCCCCGCUCUUUUCAACGCUGGCGACCAGACUCACGACUUCCUGAUUCACGUUGCCCGCAAACGCGGUCGUCUGGGUAAGCACGGUGUGCCCAACAUCGAGGCCGCAGCCAUGACCGUGAUCAAUGACUGGAGGGACGGACGGAUCCAAGGAUGGGUCGAUGCUCCUGUGCUGCCAGUUGUCGCCGCGACCGAUGAUGCUUCGGCUCCUGCAGCCGCUGCGUCGGGCGUGGAUACGAAGCAGGUUGUCACUGAAUGGGCCAAGGAGUUCAAGAUUGAGGGUCUGUGGGGUGAUGGCGCUGAUGCGGAGAUGGCGGAAUAA